AUGUUCCAGUUCAACCUUUUCCUCCAGCUGCUCCUCGCAAGCUUGGCAUUCGCCGCUCCCGUCGAUGUCGAUACAACCGGCGGCCACCACGGAAAUGCCUGGCAAUAUGGUACGGGUGGCGGCGUCGUUGGUUUCGUCAUUUUGAUCUUGGAUAUCAUCGUUAUCAUCGAGGUCCUCAAGUCGAACCGAUCAACUGCGGGAAAGCUCAUCUGGUCCCUUAUCGUAUUCGUCUUCCCCAUCGUCGGCUUGAUCAUCUAUUAUCUCUUCUCACAUCGGGAGGCACACAGGACGAGCGCUGGAUACGAGCCUGUGGCCUAG